AUGGAUGUCGCAGACACAGUUGGUUGUUCAGUAAUGCAGGAUUCAGAUGAAGAUUACAUUCCACAAUUUGUUGAUUCAGACAUUGAUCUGCAAGAUGAUGAUGACUUGUUUGCCAAGAAUGUUGAUUGUGACAAAGGCAAAGAUAAGGUUAAGCUUAAUUUCAAGAGUUUCAGAGAAGAGGACCUGGCUAAACCAGAGUUCAAAGUGGGUCAGACAUUUGCUAGUGUUGAGUUACUGAGGAGGGCUAUCAAGGAGUAUAGCUGUCAUGAAAGGGUUGACAUCAAGUGCCCUAGAAAUGAUAGGAAAAGAGUUAAAGGCAUUUGUGAAGAUGGGUGUCCAUGGUCUUUGUAUGCAUCAUUUGAUGGGAGAAUCAACUGCUUCAUGAUUAAGAAGUAUAACCCAAAUCAUACCUGCAUAAAGAAAUGGAGUGUCAAGUCAUUCACUGCCCCCUUCAUGGCAGGGAAGUAUCUUGAUUCAUUCAGAGCAGAUGAAAACAUGAACAUGAAGAAUUUUUCAAGGGUUGUUCAGAAGGACUGGAACAUGACAACCACAAGGAGCAAACUUAGAAGGGCCAGGAGACUAGUGAAGAAAGUCAUUGAAGGAGAUGAGUUAGAGCAGUAUAAUAGUAUGUGGGAUUAUGCAGCAGAAUUCAAAAGAUCAAACCCAGGCAGCUCUUUCUAUGUAGGUGUUAAUGAUGACAUAUUUGGAAGUUGUUAUUUCUCUCUGGAUGCCUGCAAAAGGGGUUUCAUGCAAGCAUGUAGGCCUGUCAUUUGUUUGGAUGGAUGCCACCUGAAGACAAAGUAUGGAGGUGUUAUGCUUUGUGCUGUUGGCAUGGAUCCUAAUGACUGCAUUUACCCUCUGGCUUUUGCUGUUGUUGAGGUAGAGAACACUGACACAUGGAAAUGGUUUCUGUCAAACCUGAAGAGUGACUUGGGAAUUCUGAACACAGAGCCAUGGACUAUAAUGUUAGACAAGCAAAAGGAGCUGAUCAAGGGAGUGAGGCAACACUUUCCUGAUGCAGAGCACAGACACUGUGUUAGGCAUAUAUGGCAGAAUUUUCAGCAAACACACAAAGGAGAUGUUCUUAAUAACCAGUUAUGGAAGUGUGCAAGGAGCACAACACCAGAGCUGUGGGCUGCAAGCAUGGAGGAAAUGAAGGUCAUCAGCAUAGAAGCAUAG